AUGGCCAUGAAUACAUCACUAAUCACCAGUCCCAGUUCCGCAACUGUACCGACCAAAGCCCCACAAGCCGCCCCUGUCCUAUCUCCGACACUUCACCGUAUCCCUGGCAACCUAGAUCAAGACCGCUCAUCGUGGUGGGAGACGCUCUUCGCAAGCACGCCGCGGGACCGCGUUGUUAGGUUGUGCGACGACUUCUUAAAGGAUUGCGACAUCUGGUUCAACUUUUUCCACCGCGGUCUCUUCUUCAAGUCGUUCUUCGCGCAGGAUAUGGGUGCGCACGUAGUGUACGCCGUCUUGGCGCACAUGACAUUCCUGGGAGAGGGCCAUACAGAAGCCGGCCGUAAGCGCGCGCUCUGCUUCGCCGAAGAGGCGCGCAGCAUGGUCACCCACUGUUUGACCGCAGGCUAUUAUGAGCCCACCCUCGUGCAGACGGCCCUCUUGCUCGUCGCGUUUGAGUUCCAACCACAUACCUGGCAAAACCUCGGGCGAGUCGCAAGUGCGCUUGGGUUCAUGGAAGGCUGUGCCAAGGCCUGUCUGCCCUAUUGGUCUGCACCCGCAACCACAGAUCUCCCGCCGCAGGCGGCUGUCACGUCUGGUAUCCGGAAGGAGGAGAUGCGUCAGAUGUGCUGGACGCUAUCGCACCUCGCCGCCAGCUCUACGAUCUGGCGUCACCUGGUUGGCCAGCCACCUCUAAGCCUGGCCUCGGCCGAUCCAGAAAAGUUUGGGGAGCUCUUUCCGGCCCACCUAUUUGACAACGAUCGGAAGGCGCCCAAGCUGUACGGGUGGUCUCUCUACUGCGCAGGAAUCCGACUAUGGCAUACGGCACUAAACCGCGUCCCGGGUGUGCACCCCAACAUGUUCGUCUGUGAGCAGGCCAAAGAGCUGUUGCCCCUCCUCGACUCGGCGCCCUGCUCAGGCUCUCGCAAGUACCUGUGGCAGGCCCGUGAGUGGGUAGCAGCAGCGCGUGGGCACGUCGGCGAUCUAGACAUCGAGGGUGUGCAGCAAUGGUUCCAACAACAGAAGGAUGUGCUCAUGAACUUUGAACCUCAUGAAGCCAACAACGAUUCCAAGAGGCCGCGCCCUACAUACGCUUGGUGGUAUCUGAUGGUAGCGUACACCUCACUCCAACUCUCGGGGCAGUACGCGUUCAUCGCUGCCGAGGCCGAGGACGUGCUCAAUCUGGUACUCAAGUCGCUCGACGACAUCGUAUCGUCCUCGAACUGUAACAAUUUCAAGAACCUCUGUAACGCCGUCCGCGACCGUGACGACGAACUCAAGACUCUUCGCGCAGCAGCUGUGUCUAACGAAUAUCAAUAG